GUCGAAAAUACUGCUACUCUUAAAUUAUUAUGACUAAAUUGUUUCCUUACAUUUUAAAUAUUAACAGUAAUCAUGCAAUGGGUCAUAUUCGCUGUCCGGAACUUAUGCGAAAACUGUCCAGAAAAUCAGGAAGUCAUUUCUAAAAUGACGUUGCAAGGUCCAGUGGACAACGAAGUGCUGCAAGAGAUGGGUCUCACCCUCCACACCGAUUCCCAGGGCAAUUCGAUAAAGGUCGUCCCGCUGCCAAGGAGCUAAGUCAGUCAUAAAUAUGUAUAUGCCUACGUUGUUAAUAUUAUACAUAUCUGCUUAUACCAGGAAAUCAUGUAAUUUAUUA